AUGCAUGCAUGCGAUGUAAUGGGUGCACGCGCAUGUGGCGAGAAGCCAGACAAAGAACUUCGAGAGUCAGAUCCAAUCAAAUAUUGUAUCGCAUCGCGUGUUUAUUUCGAAUGUGUUCAUAAAAAAUAUCGGGGUUGCGAAAAUAAAGAAAAAUAUGAAAUGGCUAUGGAAUCCAUGUUAAAAGGCAUUCGAAAACGUGUUGAUGAUCUCCUAGGUUUUUGUAGCGAUAAAAUUGAAGAUUAUAAAUUUAAUAUUAUUUGGGAGUCGGAAAAAAAGCCCGAACCAGUUGAUUCUGUUCGUGCAGGUGGUGGUCUAUCGAGUGGAUUGCUAAAAAAUGAUAAUAUUGGUUCAGCGCCUACACAAACACUUCUAUCCAAUGAUAUAUGUCAAGUAAAAGCAAUCAAUAGUUUAUGUCAACCGUUAGCGAUCACCGUUAAAUUUAAUCCAUCAUGGAAUACAGUUAAUAAACGUAGUUGGUGUCAGCAAGCAACAGUUUAUUUUCGUUGUUUAAAGUCUCGUCUUGAUAAAUGUUCUCAAGAUGAUGUACAAGGUCAAUUUCAACAACUUGAACGUUAUCUUUAUUCGCAAAUAAAUAUAAAUUGUCCAGGUGGUGUUGAUGGAUGCACACGUCAUUCGACGGAUGCACGUUGUAAAAUUGGUUUAACUCAAUUCAAUUCAAGUUCAUCAACAUUUUGCCUUGCUUAUUUUGUUGUUCAAUCGGUAUUACAAAUACUACUACUACUACUACUACUGCUGUUUUAA